UAAUUGAAAAAGAGUUGCACUUUGUAUACCUUGCUUACAAAUACAUACAAACGUUAUCAAUUUUGUUUUUUUUCCUUUCUUUUUUUCUUUUCCACUACUUCAAACACUAUUUGUAACCACUUUAUUCCCACUAAUCUGACAGUUAGCCAACUUUUUUUUUUCUUUUUUCAUAAAUCCUCAAACCCGCAUCACAAUCUUCUUUUUAAUUUCAUAAAGAUUCAAUUUUUUUUUUCAUGAAGACUCGAUUUUUUUGGUUGCAUUUUGCAAGUUUAAUUGAUUGGUGAAUAGGGGUUGUAUUAUUGUAGUGAUUGUGUGAAGAUCGAGCGGUUUUUGAUUUAGCUAAGGAUAAGAAUGGAACCCCCAAGGGGGUUUCUGGCUUCUUUGUGGAACUUCAUUUGUUUCUUACCUUACUUCAUUGGCUUGCUUAUUUUGGGUGUCUUGAAAGGUGUCAUUUUGUGCCCUUUGGUUCUUGUUAUUGUCACUGUUGGAAACUCUGCUCUUAUUUUGGGGCUUUGGCCAGUGCACUUUUUCUAUACAUUUUACUGUCUAUGGAGCACAAAGCAACUAGGUCCAGCUUUGAAACUUGUGUUAAGCAUAUGUGUCCUUGUUAUUUCACUUUUCUGGCCGUUUGUUGGAUUUGCAAGCAGUGUUGUUGGCGGGGCAGCGUAUGGCUUCCUUGCACCCGUGUUUGCCACUUUCCAAGCUGUGGGUGGAAAGAAGACUAAUGCCUUCUUUCACAGUAUAUAUGAUGGGACUUGGGACACGGUGAAAGGAAGCCUUACUAUUGUUAGGGAUGUGAGGGAUGUGUUAUACCAUUCCUACUUCUCAAUAAUGGAUGAUUUGCGACUUCAGGGACCUCCUGGUGGAAAAUACUAUGAGAUCAGGUUGUUUUAUAUUCCUUUGGCGCUAAUAGCUGUGGCACUAGGACUCCUGGUUGACAUACCGACGAUCAUAGUAAUUGCUGCUUGCAAAUUCCCUUACAUGCUUUUCAAGGGGUGGCGUCGUUUGUUUCAUGAUUGUAUAGGUCGAGAAGGGCCUUUUCUAGAGACAAUCUGUGUACCAUUUGCUGGUCUUGCUAUCUUACUCUGGCCACUGGCUGUUGUUGGUGCGUUCAUUGGAUCAAUGUUAGCAAGUAUCCUGCUAGGUGCUUAUGCAGGAGUAGUUGUAUAUCAGGAAUGUUCUCUUUGGUUGGGGCUUUGCUAUAUCGUUGCUUCCUUGUCUAUAUAUGAUGAAUAUAGCAAUGAUGUGCUAGACAUGCCAGAAGGCUCCUGCUUCCCUAGGCCUCAGUACAGAAAGAAGACUACAUCAAGGACCAGCUCUUUCUCAAAGCCUGACUCUGUCCGAAAUCCACCAUCUCGUGCAAAUUCCAUGAAUGGCCCCAUGGUCGAGUUGAAACCCCUUGAGCUUCUUGAUGGCUUAUUCAAGGCCUGCCAACAUCACGGCGAAAUCAUGGUAUCUAAAGGAAUAAUUACGCAAAAAGACAUUGAAGAUGCCAAGUCUAAUAAAGACGAUGGUCAAGUCAUUAGCAUUGGUUUGCCUGCCUAUUGCAUCCUCCAGACCCUUAUACGAUCUGCCAAAGCCAAUAGUACCGGUAUUUUGUUAUAUGAUGAUGUUACUGAAGUAACUAGCGUUAACAGGCCCAGAGAUGCCUUCUAUGAGUGGUUUCUGAAUCCACUCUUGAUCAUCAAGGACCAAAUCAAAGCUGAGAAUCUUUCUGAAAGUGACGAGGAGUACCUUGGCAAAUUGGUUUUGUUGAGUGGUGAUCCCGAGAGGUUGAGGAAUUCAAAUAUUGGAUCACCACCUGAGUCUGAACUGCGGCGAGCUGAGUUUGAGGCGUUAGCUCGAAGACUACGAGGCAUCACCAAAUCUAUAUCAAGAUAUCCAACAUGGAGGCGCCGCUUUGAGAGUAGCAUCAAGAUUAUGAUGGAAGAACUGGCCAAGAAGAAUGGCGAUAGUAGAACAUCAGAAGGUUCAGGACCUCGAAACAUUCCCAGGUCAAAAAGCAUGUUUGCUCGUAUGCUUAGCGACAAAUCUUUCAGGAUCAGAAACGGCAAGAGUGGAUAUGAUCAAGAGGCUCAACUGGUAGAUACUGACAGAGAUGUUGAAAUUCAAUGAUAAUAUGUAUAGCAUCAUUGAACAUUUCUUGUCUGUAGCUUCAGUAGCAUACGUGUUGUAAUCUUUUCUCCCCCCUUCUUAACAUGAUUGGAUUUGCUUGAAAAUCCUAGUAGGAACGGAUUAGGAUGAUGUCUUCUGUGCUAAUGCUUUAAAAUGAGCAUGUGUUGUAAUAUUGGCCAAAGGAGUAGCCUUUUUUUUUUCUCAAGAUAAAACUUUCUUUUGUCCCUCUUCAGAGAUAAAAACUAGCAUGCUUUGCUUAAUCUGUUUGUACACUUUUAGUCAGGUUUAGAUUGACAGAAGCUGGCAAAUGAAUUGUAUAUUUCUUGGACAAA